AGGUUGAUGUUCCCGUAGAAGGCAAUGCAUUGACGCUGAAAUAAAGUUGUAACUUGCUUAUUCCUCAAUCAAUUUUCAUGAAAAUGUUUUGACAACGCCAGGAGGUAUGCUAAUUAAGAUAUUGCAAACGCAUUAAGAACAUACUGUGUGCUGUCAAAACUAUAUGGUAUGAAAACGACUCAUAGUUCCCUAGUCGUAAUUAUACGUCAUUUUACGCAGUUGUAUUCAGCACAAUGUACAAGUAUCGUUGGUCUUCUAGUUUUCUUGUCAUACACUGCAGCGAAUCCUCUGCCGACUUCGACCUUCCCAUCAUGGAGUCAAAGUAGGCACGGAAAUCUAAAGUAAUGUGCGUGUAAUACAGGAUCCACCGCUACAAAUGCGUGACAACGCCAUCUUGUUAGCCUGCCUAGCAAACUAAACGGGUGGCCAUUCAAGAUCAUUGUUUUUCCCGACGGUUGACCGUUUGCUGCAAUCAUGUGGUAUGAAAUUCUGCCCGGCCUUGGCAUCAUGACGGUGUGUCUAAUCAUUCCCGGCGUUGCCACCGCACAGAUCCACAAGUUUACCAAUGGUGGAAAGGAAAAAAGAGUCGCGAUGGUUCCCUGGCAAUGGUACCUGAUGGAAAGAGACAAGCGAGUGUCGGGAACGGGACGCUAUUUUGACUCCAAGGGACUCGAGAACAUCCACUGACAACGAAGAAGAAAGUUAGUUGUACAUUUAAAAAAUAAAUCAAAAACAAAACACUUCUAUUGGACAUUCAUUUGUGCACGUCAAUUAAAUUGUUUCAGACUCUU